AUGUGUCAUCCCGCGAUGAGACGGAAUGGAGGAGUCUUCGCCAGCGCUGAUCGCGGCAAUUGCCCGUCCCUUGAUUGCCAUCAAUUGCGCAAAACAGUCGCCAUGAAUGGGAACUCGGACAAUGAGUGCUGCAUAUUACCGAAUACCGUAUACCGAGUACCGGGCGGUGAUAAGCACAGCGAGUGGACAAGUGCGUCAGUGAUGGAUUACACUCAUCCGCCGGGCAAGUGGCGCCAAAAUGCGUGGGAGAAUGAGUCAGCCCGGAGAUUGCAUCAUGUUCACAUACAAAACUCGGAUGGCGCCUAGCAUAGUGAAAGUCCUCGGAGGUCUGCGAGGUGUACCUCAUUUAAUCACUCCACGCAGCCUUCUCACUUUGUCGGCCACAUUAAAGGAGCGGGCAAACCCAAGUCGUAGAUAACACCUAAUUAGGGUGUAGAGGAUCGUCGCCUGCGGACAAGGCGACUGACAACUUUAGCGCCACUUCCCCUUGCCCUCGUCUUAUUAGUGCGGGUGGUCGGCUGGAAGGGUCCACGACCAGGUCCGAGAUCAAUUUGGGAAUCCGCCUAAGAAGGGCCACGCCCCCGGGAGCGGGAAUUAGGAAUCGAAAGGGGGCGGAGGAAGAAGCGGCACGCACGCAACCUGCGGCAGCUGCUACCUCUCAGCCUCUGCGAUCGGAAUCCCUCGCUCGAUUUGGUUUGUAUCUGUAUCUUUUCUCGGGUCUAGGCUGCAGUUUGCUGGCCAACAGUGAU